AUGCGUUCCGCUGCCGCCAGUCAGACACCAACCGGCCGCACUACCAUUUCAGUCACCUUGCCGUGGAUGGCUUGCAAUGAACAAACGCGAUUGCCUGCUGCCGCCGCUGCGCCGCUGCUCUACCACCACCCACUACCACCACUGCCACUCCAUACCACCACCACUAUCAGCGACUACUGCAGCAGUUGCGCAGUCGGCAAGCACGUCUCGGAGCCGGCCACUGCAAUCACAACCCACUGGUUGAAUCCUGAUUCACACCAACCCGACACAUCCUCCCUCGUUGUCGAGCUCGGCGCCUGGUUCGGCAUGCCCUGCCGCUGGUCGCGGCUCUCCGUCGGCCUCUCGGGCUCCUCAACGCCGACGAAGCGGGCACAGUGCCAACAACGGGCCGGCUGCCUUCAAGCUUGCCGCUCGCGAGUGCGCUGCGUGAAGCAGACGACAACAAGUGGCUCGCGUGCGAACACAUCUUCUGCCGACACCCACGGAUUCCAGAUCAGCACGCCUGCGGGGGGAGGUUAUUGGACUUUAUGUUCGCGCGACGCAAGGGACCUGCGAGAAGGAAACCCAAGGAUCAACGACGCAUCCAAGGCGCCGUUAGCUUCCUCGCAAUAG